CAAGAAUGAGUCACGCUAUUAAGAAUCAAUUGGAUGCGAGUCCCUAAAAGAGAGGAUAGCUUUGUACGGUAUUUGUUUCCUAGAGAUUUACAAAAUAAUGUUGGGAGGACUGCUUUUCCUCAGUCUUUCAUUCCUCGCUGCCUCAGCAGAAACUGGAAAGCACUGGGCUCUGAUCGUAGCGGGGUCGAACGGUUGGUACAACUACAGGCACCAGGCUGAUGUAUGCCAUGCCUACCAGAUCCUCCACAAAAAUGGCAUUCCUGAUGAAAAUAUUGUGGUCAUGAUGUAUGAUGACAUCGCCAAUAAUCCCUCGAAUCCAACACCUGGCAUCAUUAUAAACAAGCCUAAAGGAGACGAUGUGUACAAAGGAGUUGUUAAAGACUACACAAAAGAGGAAGUAACACCAAAUAACUUCUUGAAUGUUCUGAAGGGAAAUAAACAAGCUAUGAGUGGCAUUGGCAGUGGAAAAGUGAUUGACAGUGGGCCAAAUGACCAUGUUUUUGUUUAUUUUACUGACCAUGGAGCUCCUGGACUCAUUGCAUUUCCAAGUGAUGAGUUGAUGGCACCUGACUUAAUAGCUGCCCUCAAUGAGAUGUAUGAAAACAAGAAAUUCAGCAAGCUGGUGUUCUACCUUGAAGCUUGUGAGUCAGGAUCCAUGUUUCACAACAAGCUGAAGGACAACAUAGACAUCUAUGCAACUACUGCUGCCAAUCGCCAUGAAUCCUCAUAUGCCUGCUACUAUGACAAGAAGAGACAAACCUACCUUGGAGAUGUGUACUCUGUCAAGUGGAUGGAAAACUCUGAUGCGGUUGAUUUAACUAAGGAGACACUCUUGAAGCAAUUCCAAAUUGUGAAACAGGAGACGAACACCAGUCACGUGAUGCAGUAUGGAGACCUGGAUUUUGAUGGUGAUGACCUGGACGAAUUCCAAGGUGACGGCACGGGAAUUGUUUCCGGAAAGUCUCCAGAGGAGUAUCGUGGGGAACCAAUUACCGAUGCCAUUCCUGCACCAGAUGUUGAGCUGAAUAUCCUUCACCACCGCCUGAAGGAUAGCGCGAGCCUGGCUGAAAAACGAAAAAUUGCUCUUGAAAUCGAAGAAUUGAUCGAGCGCAAAGAAGGUGUCAGCAAAACAAUGGAGGCAAUUGUGCAGCGAUGUACCACCUCUGAGGAGCAGAAGACUCGGGUCCUGAAGACUCGUGCUAAUCCGGAAGACUUUGACUGUUAUAGGCAGGCUGUCAAAACUUUCUCAAAGACCUGUUACAGCCUGGGACAGAAUGACCACGCCCUGCGUCACGUCUACGCCCUCUCUAACUUAUGCGAGGAAAACAUUCCAGCUGAAAUGAUUGUAUCUGCAAUCAUGCGAGAGUGUGCUGGAAUCAAGUACUAAAGGAACACUCUGUCUACUUUUUUUUACCUGUUUGCAAAGCCUGAGGCUUUUAGUUAUUGUCACAUAAGUCGAUCCUUUUUUUAACAUUUCUAGAUAGUUUUUAAUUUGUAUACUUUGUAUCCCAAUGUUUUUUUUCAAUUUACUUGAUGAUAUUCAUUUUUAUUUUACUUUAUUCUUUGGUCUGCCGACCGCUGCAAGCCAGCGUCUAGAUUACCAAUAAUUCAUUCCUGGUGAACCUAACCUUCGAAUGAAGAACUUAGUCAGAACUGACAUAUAAAAGUUCAAGAUAUUUUACAACUUGUAGAAUUGUAUCUCCCGUGGGCUAACAAUUGAGCUUAGGCCAGGAAUAAAAACAAGAAUUCUCUUUUAUGUUUUGAGUGAUUUCAAACGUGAUAGCAAUGUUACCAAGUAAUUGCGCCUUCUUUGCAUUAAAAAUGAAUCGUAUAAACCGAUCGGUUAGUGGUUGCUUCCAAAGUACCAUUGCAAUGCGUUAAGUGUAAUGUGACGCGAAUUGUUCAUUUUGUUUGUUUAUUUUAUUUUUUCAUAGAUAUGUGGAUGGAGCUUAAAUAUGUGUAGAUUGCACAUAUUCAAUAAAAAAUGUUCGCUUGAGAGCCUGA